AUGCAUCGCACAUUCGGCAAAGAACGGCAACAAAUUAUUUACGACCCAAGAGCGUUUAGAAGAUUUUGUAAAGAUAACGGUGCACAUACAAUAUUUGACAACAUUCUUGGUUCUUUAACAAACAGUCGACAAUCUAUAUCGAAAAGGCGUUCUCAAGAAUUUCGAACAUUAGAAAUAAUUUAUAAAAUGUGCUAUUGUAAAAGCCAAAAAUGUAAUUACAUGCAAAAAGAUCAUGGAAUAUAUUUUAAAUUCAGCCAUUUGACUCAAGAGGGUAUAGAUACCGAGUUUAAUCUUGGGAAUUCGGUUUGUCAUAAAACAUUGUCCAGCGAAAUUUCAAGAUUGUCAAAUACUAAUAGAGAAACUGUUAAUGCAGCUGUUAAAAACGCUAUAGAAAACAAGUGGCUAUUGAUAUUUAUAAUUGACGAUUAUACAUGUGUUCAUUCGACCCGUCGUCCAACAAACCAGCAAACAUCUUCUUCCAUUAAUAUGUGCACCAUAGUCUGUAGAAUUUUUCCGAAUAUCCCUGCCAUUCCCUUAAAAUCCACCGAAGAACUCCAUCACCCAGACGGUAUUGGAACUGAAGUUUUGAUAAAAAACAUGACAUCACUUGCGUCAAUGCAUGCCUUUAGCCAAACUUACGCGAGCUGUAUGCCAGAAUGGCUAAAGAACACUUUCUUCGAUCCAGAGCACGAGCGCCACCGACUGAAUGUCCAUCAAUACCAUAGUUCUGAGAACGUCAGAAAAAUGCGAUGCCUCGACAAUUUGUAUUUAUCUUUUUUUGAACAGCCACUGAAAAGUAGAGAAAAUUUCGAGGAGGCACUUAAGAGUGUGAUGAACUCUGCCAUUAAAGAGUACAUGUCUAGAUAUGCAGUUGUAGUCCCAGGAGAUUGGCCAGCGCAGUUUUACAUCCGCCAGACCGUAUACUCUUCUCUGAAUUCGAAAAAUAGUUCCAAGGUUGAAAAAAGCUUUAUUCAAAACCAGUUUCCAGUCCACCAUGACUAUGCAUUUAACAAUAACCAUAAAGAUGUUCACGGGUCAGCUUUUACCAACCCUUUGCAAUCUGCAGUACCGAUGCUUGGACCGCUGCACGUAUCAUUAAAUGCCCGAGAGGAUGUGAUGAUUAAUUUCCAUUUAUUUUUCAAGUAUAUUUAUGAACUGGUUUUUCCUCACAGUAAACUCGCUGAAAAACCUAAGCCUUGGAGAACAUCACUGAUCCUUGAAAUAGUAAGAGAAAGAGAAGUGAAAUCCUUGAAAUUCGUUCACAAAUCAAGACGAAAUUCUCCAAGUGCAAACACCCACUUUAUGCCACAUUUCUUAAUCUUUUAG